CAACAAGAAAAAAGAAAAGUAAAAAACAAUUUUCUUCAUGACAAUUAUUUUAGAUAGUUUUUAAUUUAUUUUCUUAUUUUCUUUUCCCACACACGCAAUGUGUGUGGCGAGUGCAUCCCAUCAACGAUUGUUGAAAGUCGUCAAGAACGCAAAAAAUUAAAAUCACAAAACACCGGCUUCUUGUUUGAAGUUCAACCCAUUUUCCUCUCACACAUAAACAGUCUUGAGGAAGAAAAGAGAAGAUUAAAGCUCGUUAUAGUAGCAAUUAUGGGAGUUCCUGCUUUUUACCGGUGGCUGGCCGAUCGGUACCCGCUGUGUAUUGUGGACGUGGUGGAGGAAGAGCCGAGAACGAACGAAAAUGGCGUGCCUCUACCCGUCGACGUAUCAAGACCAAACCCCAAUGGAAUUGAGUUCGACAAUCUUUACCUGGACAUGAAUGGAAUCAUUCAUCCGUGUUUUCAUCCGGAAGGCAAGUCUGCACCCGCCACUUAUGACGACGUAUUUAAAUCUAUCUUUGAUUACAUUGACCACCUCGUGUCAUUGGUUCGUCCAAGAAAGCUCCUUUAUAUGGCCAUUGAUGGGGUGGCUCCUAGGGCUAAAAUGAACCAGCAAAGAUCUCGUCGUUUCAGGGCUGCUAAGGAUGCUGCUGCUGCCGAAGCUGAAGAAGAAAGUUUGAGGAGAGACUUCGAAAUGCAGGGUGAAAAACUAUUGCCUAAAGAAAAGACUGAGACAUCCGAUUCCAAUGUGAUCACCCCUGGCACUCCAUUUAUGGCAGUACUCUCUGUUGCUCUUCAAUAUUAUGUACAAAGUAGGUUGAAUCACUUACCUGGAUGGCGUUUUCUCAAGGUAAUUCUUUCUGAUGCAAAUGUUUCUGGUGAGGGCGAGCACAAAAUAAUGUCCUAUAUCCGUUUACAACGCAACCUUCCUGGUUUUGAUCCAAAUACCAGGCACUGUCUGUAUGGUCUGGAUGCCGACCUCAUCAUGCUUUCACUAGCCACUCAUGAAGUUCACUUCUCAAUACUGAGGGAGGUUAUCAAUCCUCCUGGGCAUCAGGAAAAGUGUUUCCUCUGUGGUCAAGUUGGCCAUUUCGCUGCUGACUGUCGUGGGAAUGAUCGAGAUCAAGAAGCAAGUGGAAAGCUUUUAGAUGAUACCCCUAUUUAUAAGAAGAAGUAUCAGUUUCUCAACAUCUGGGUUUUGCGAGAAUAUUUGGGGUAUGAAAUGGAUAUCCCAAACCCACCAUUUGAGGUUGAGUUUGAGAGGCUGGUGGAUGACUUUGUGUUUCUUUGUUUUUUUGUCGGCAAUGACUUUCUUCCUCAUAUGCCCACUCUAGAAAUUAGAGAGGGUGCUAUAAAUUUGCUCAUGUUUGUAUAUAGAAAGGAAUUCACAGCAAUGGGUGGGUAUCUUACUGAUGCUGGUGAGGUAUUCUUGGACCGAGUCGAGCACUUUGUCCAGGCAGUUGCAGUGCACGAAGAUCAAAUCUUCAAAAAGAGAACACGCAUACAGCAGGCUUAUGAAUAUAAUGAAGAGAUGAAACUCAAAGCAAGAGGGGAGGAGAAGCCAGAGCAGCAGACUUUGGGUGUAGACAAGGUGAAGUUGGGGGAGCCUGGAUAUAAGGACAGAUAUUAUUCUGAGAAGUUUUGUGUGUCGCAACCCGAGAAUAUUGAUGAAGUUAGAUCGGACGUGUUAAGUAUUGAUUGCUUCAUAGACAGGUCCAUGUCCACCUUUUUCUGCUGGCACAUGCAUCCUACUAUUGCCUGUGUUAUACCUCUGAUGUACUAUCCAUAUCAUUAUGCUCCCUUUGCAUCAGAUCUUAAAGGCUUGGCUGAUUUAGAAAUAACUUUUUUCCCUGGGGAGCCAUUUAAACCCUUUGAUCAGCUACUAGGAACCCUACCUGCUGCAAGUUCUGCUGCUCUUCCCGAAAGAUACAGAGAGUUGAUGACUGAUCCUGCAUCACCUAUUUUUCAUUUCUAUCCAACUGAUUUUGAAAUAGACAUGAAUGGAAAGCGGUUUGCUUGGCAGGGUGUGGCCAAAUUGCCUUUCAUUGACGAGAAGAAAUUGCUUGCUGAGACGAAGAGGCUUGAGGAUACCUUGACGGAUUCUGAGACAAGAACAACUGCUUUCUUUGACAUCCUAGCUCUUUACUUCCUUGGACAUCUGAAACUGCAUUGUAGUAAAUCUUAUAUUCAAGGACGGAAAGUACAGAGUUCUAUUGUCGAACAAAUGCCUGAGGAAGAGCAAUUCCGAAAUAGUUUCAUGUUCGAUUUGCUCUAUGUUUCUCCUCAUCAUGCUUUGGCUCCACAAAUUUAUCUUUGCUAUCGUCUUUGUAAUGGUGAAAAUUUAUUGUGGACAAUUGACACCUAUGCGAGUGGUGGGAUGAAUGGAUUCAUGUGGUUGACUAGGAGAAAUGGCUUGAAACCGGUGAUACCUUCCCCAGUCAAUGGAUUGGAAGACAUUAUGAACAAUCAAGUUCUAAAUAUCACGUAUCUUAAUCCACCACCACAUGCUCACAUUCCGAAGCCCCCUGAAGGUGUAAAUAUGCCUGAUAAGAUCUUAAGACCUACUGACAUAAAACCACUCCCAACAUUAUGGCACGAAGAUAAUGGUGGAAGGAACCAGUUCGGGAGGCAAAGACCACAGGUAUCCGGCAAUUUAUCUGGUCCUGUAUUGGGUGAAGCUGCUCAUCGUUUAGUUAAUAAUACACUUAACAUCAAGUCAGAGAGAACUCACCCACGUAGCUUUCAGGGGAAUCAUGUCAUAAAUAAGACGAGGCCAGCUGGGCCAUCUGGCUAUGAAAGGGGUGGUUACCCAUCAAACCAAUAUGACUCAUACAAGCAAAGAGCAGCUGGUCGAUAUGGCUACAAUGAACAAGGAUAUAAUUAUGAGGAUCCGAAUUCUCAUUAUGGAAAUUAUGGUUCUCGUUUUCAAAUGGGUACAGCUUCUAGUAGUUAUGGUGCCUACCCAAACAAUAUGCAGGGCAAUUACAACGUUGGCUAUAAUAAUAAUAAAAAUAAUAGUAAUAAUAUGGAAAAUAGAUAUGAUCAUGAACUAAGAAAUGGCAUGUCGGCUUUGACCAUCGAAAGUGGUUCUAGAAAUAGGCCACGUGCAGCAAUAACUUCUAGAUCAUCUCAAGUGAUUCCUCGAUCUGUGGUGAAUGCUGACUCACCUCCUACACCACCUCCUAAAUGGAUCGGGAGGCCUGCAGUCGGGAGUUCUGUGAUUUAUCCUAGACAGCAACAGAUUUCAGCAGGUACAGGACAGGAGAGACAGGCGAAGAUGGUAUAUCAGAUGGAAGGUGAUUGUAAUGUGUUUCAAGCGCGAAGCAGAUGUGGUGCUCAUUUUGCUAGACAGAAUAUUGUUUGGAGGGGUCUGAUGUAUGCACUGUACACCUUGUUGACAACACCAACUAGUUUAGACAAUGGAGAUGACACUUACCUGUGA